CACCAGCAGCAGCAGCAGCAGCAGCAGCACAACGCCACCACCAGUGCAUCAGCAAACAUGUGAGUUCGGGAUCGUGGGCGAAUGUAAGCAUGAACACGAGGAGUGUGUACUGCGGGAGGGCUCCAAGUCUCGCAUGGGGCUUUGUAAGUGUGAGCAGGACUACCAUCGGGACGACAGCUUCAAUUGUGUGCCGGCUGACCUGGUCCCAGGAAACAAGCCUAAAGAUAAAAAGACAUCCGAUGAGAACACUGAUGCAUCAAUCGGGCCCACAAAGGCCUCAACUAGUGGAGAGGAGAAGCCAGGGGAUGGUGGAAAGAAAGUCAUACAGUUGACAGUGUCAGCCGGGGAUAACAAGAUCAUCACACUCCCUGAAAACACAGUCACUCUCUCCGCCUUCGUCCUGCCCAAGCCAGUGGAAGAUGAGGACCCCUAUCACUAUGACUGGUCACUGGUUACCUUCCCUGAGGGAGCGGAGACCGGAACCAUGGAGGGCAAGAACACAGACACACUUAAACUGUCCAAACUGAUAGCAGGACUGUAUACACUGAAGAUCACUGUGACAGGAGGGAACAAGUAUGGCGACGCUGUCGUCAAUGUCACAGUGCAACCUCCUGCACGUACGAACACCCACCCAGUGGCCAUUAUCAAGCCAAAGUCUCAGGUUGUCAAGACGUCCAACUCCGCCAUCUUGGAUGGUUCAGACAGCACAGACGAUGACCACAUCGUCAGCUACCACUGGGACGAGGUGAUCGGCCCCCUGCAGGACCAGAGUGGGCAGGGAGAAGAGGCCAUGAUCACACUGAAGAACAUGGCGCCAGGCAACUACACCUUCAAAUUAACUGUGACAGACUCUGAUGGAGUAACAAAUUCCACAACAGCUAAUGUAACAUUUAUCAAGGAGACGGACUACCCACCGAAGGCUAACGCAGGGUCUGAUGUGGUUAUCCACCUCCCCCAGUCCUCCGUCACGCUCUACGGGAACGCCAGCACCGAUGAUAGGGGAAUCACUAGCUAUGAGUGGAUCAAGAAGGCGGACGAUAAACUUGCUGUAGACAUGACGGGUACACGGACAGCAUAUCUCCACCUCAACAAUCUGGAGAAGGGGGACUACACAUUCACCCUCAAGGUGACGGACAGUGCGGGCAAUGUGGCCACAGCCGACGUACAUGUCUUCGUCAAAGCAGAAACAAACAGAGCCCCAGUAGCAAGGACGGCAAAGCAGGUGACAGUCAGUCUCCCCACGGACAACCUCAUACUGGACGGCAGUAGCAGCACAGAUGACCAGAAGAUAGCUACCUACGCCUGGACACAGAAAGGAGGGCCUUCUACACUCUCCGUCCAGAAUGGUGAUCGCGCUGUUGCCAUGGGGACAGGGAAGAUAGUGGUUGGCGGGUACACCUUCUCCCUGACGGUGACGGACGAGGAGGGGGCCAGCAGCUCGGCAGAUCUCACUGUGACUGUACAUGAAAACUCGAACCAGGCUCCAGUAGCUAAUGCAGGAGGAGACAAGGUGGUUUAUCUCCCCUUGCCGACCGUGGCACUAGAUGGCUCCAAGUCUCACGAUGAUGGUGGUAUCAAAUCUUACAACUGGGUGCGAGAUGAGAAGAGUCUAGCUGCGGGAGAUAUAGUGAACGGGUCCAACCAUCUGGCUGUGCUGCAGUUAAGCAAUGUCGUGGCUGGUCGCUACAUGUUCAAAUUGUCUGUGGUGGACGCGGCAGGGCUGUCCAGCUCAGACUCAGCUUCUGUCAUCGUGAAGGAAGAUCCUCACAAAGGUGAUCUCAUUGAGCUGCUGCUUGAUGUGGACAUCCAACACUUCACCCAGGAGAACAAGAACAACCUGGUGAACCAGUUGCAGCUGCUGCUCCACAAGUCAUCCCAAGAUGGCGACACAGUCAUCAGCAUCCAGCACCUGGGGCGGGACUAUACAUCGGGACACCUCCACAUAACAUUCCUGGUCAAGUCGAAGCUGGGCAGCAAGGAGGUGGUGCGGUCGGGGACGGAGAUGUUGCAUGUGUUGAAGAGGAAGUUGGUGUCCGAGUCCUCAGUAUUAGACUACAGAGUCAUAAGUUUAGAUACAGUUGUCUGCCAAAACAACUGUUCAGGUCAUGGUCACUGUGACCUGCACACCAAGAAGUGCAUCUGUGAAGCAUUCUGGAUGCAGAAUUUCUUCAAGUUAUAUUUUUUUGAAACAGAAAGCAAUUGUGAUUGGAGCAUACUUUACGUGGUGAUUGUAUGCUUUGUUAUAGUCGUUAGUGUUGCCGGGGGGACAUGGGGCGUUGUUUGCUGUUUACGAUCAAAACGGUGUCGGUGGAAGUCACGUAAGCGACACAGAUAUUCCCUACUGAGAGAGGUAGAUGAUGAGGAAGAUAAGAAUAAGCUAGAACUGAUGCCAAAAGGUAAGAUCCAGAACAGCAGUGUGAUGAUCUCGGAAUCUGACUUCUCCAGUGAGGAGGAAACCCUGUUUGUGAACAGCAAGAAACCAAAUGGACACAUACAGAAGCCCCUGAAUGGCAUCUCCAAACAGCAUUAUAAAGCCAAGCUGAAGGCAUAGUGCCAGGCAGAGGAACCAGGGGCCGAUGAUGUGCCUCAUGAACACUACGUCUUAUCACCUUAAACCAAUGGAACCUGGAUGAAAAUGGGAGGACCAUCAGAUCCAUCAUUACUACUGGAGGACCAUCAGAUCCAUCAUUACUAUUGGAGGACCAUCAGAUCCAUCAAUACUUUUUGAGGAUCAUCAGAUCCAUCAGUACUAUUGGAGGACCAUCAGAUCCAUCAAUACUACUGGAGGACCAUCAGAUCCAUCAAUACUAUUUGAGGACCAUCAGAUCUAUCAAUACUAUUUGAGGAUCAUCAGAUCCAUCAUUACUAUUGGAGGACCAUCAGAUCCAUCAUUACAAUUGGAGGACCAUCAGAUCCAUCAAUACUACUGGAGGACCAUCAGAUCCAUCAAUACUACUGGAGGACCAUCAGAUCUAUCAAUACUAUUGGAGGACCAUCAGAUCCAUCAGUACUACUGGAGGACCAUCAGAUCCAUCAUUACUACUGGAGGACCAUCAGAUCCAUCAUUACUAUUGGAGGAUCAUCAGAUCUAUCAUUACUAUUGGAGGUCCUUCAGUGUUUGUGUCUAGGUGUGGUAUAUGAGCAUCUGUUGGUUUCCCUAAAGGCUCUGUGAAAUGAUUUUGGAAAGGAUCCUUUCCGACAUGAUCAAGACAGAUGUGAGUGCUGACACGCUGGCCAUGUGUUCAUCUGGUGUCCAUCAUGGAUUAUUUCUGCCAACACUGACUUCUUGCAAUCACUGUCAACCUUGUGAUGUAUUCCUGGUGCAAACAGAAAUCCAUAGAAGACUAUCUCAUGAUAAACCAAGUAUCAUCUCUAGUAUUGCCAUGUACAACCAAGGGAAUUUUAUGUUUUUAUGCAAUAUUUUGCAGCAUUGGGUUACAUUCUUUGCACUGGGACCAACAUUAGUGCAAAGAUUUGUCUUUGGGUUAAUUUCAUUUGAGAGGGAGCUACUUACUAUAGAGUUAUUCUGUAGUGAAUGCAACAUUCUGAUACUGGUGAUGGUGAAAACUAAACUGUCUCAAUCCAUGCAGCAAGACAGAGCUACCAUGAUAACAACCUAAACAGUCAUCACAGUACCUUCAAGAGGCAUUUAGAAGCCAGUGUAAUACCAGUGAAGACAGCAGUGACUUGUAUUCAUUUACAAAGCAGCUUCUUGGUACAAGCACUAGUACUUUAAUGAAGCACUUGCUACUUGUACUUGUACUGAAACACCUUCUGUCUACAUAAGGAUGCAGGUAUAACAGUUGUUUAAUUGCAAUACCAUCUUUCAAGUUCACACGGUACUGGAGUGCCAAAUAUCUUGAAGGUUAUACAUGUAACAGCAAUUUGAUGCUCAUGUGUAGUCAUGGCGAUCAUAAUUAGAUGAUACUCAUCAUCUUGCAGAGAUUGGGAUUAUAUGCCAUGAUUGUUUCAGCAAUUAGAAAAUGGAUAAAUAAAUGUUUGUUUUGCUCUUCAGCCACUGAAAUUAGAGACGUGCCAUCACUGGACCUAAGAUUAUUUUUGCUUUGUUUAAUUACUGUUUUGAAAAUUAGUUUGUCCUUUCCUAUGAAUUUGUGAAAGUUGCAAGAUUAUCUUCUGUGAAAAAGAACAAAGAAUUUUAUUUUGAAAAUAACAUUUAGAUCGAGUGUGUUCAAAAUGAUGGGAUUGUGAGGAACAUACAUAUUGACUUGCAUUACAUGUCACUUCUGUGUGGCCGAUCCAUGUCGUUUAAUGUUCAGGAUAUAUCAUCAAUGAUCUCAGCUGGACUAUUCCAGAUAUUGACUGCCAGAAGUUGUGUUGUCAAUAUAUCAUUAGAUAAACAAUCUCAUGAAAUCAGAUAAGAUUGUUCAAAUUAACAACUUAUGUUGAAACACUCCAGUGUUAUUAAAAAAAAGACAUUUUGUAGUUCAUUUUGAUCAACGAUAUCCUUCUCCACACACAUUCAUGAGCUUGGUUUCUACAUCAGUUGUGAGAUAUGUACUCCCAAUGAGGGGAACGACUGACAUAAUACUAUGUGCCUGACUGGCUAGGUGCAAGUGUAAUAACCAUCCCUGCUGUAUCCAGUGAAAUCCUGGUAACCUGGACAGAGUUCUGGAGUUCCAGGAGUUCCUGGAGUCCAGGGUUCCUGGUAGCUACUUACAGUGUUCUCAUUUGGAAACCAUUAGUAAUGGAUCUAUCGUUAUGGAUAGAUCUUCUCAACAGUAAUCAUAUGGAAGGGUUGAGGAUAAACAGGUUCCUGACUACCAGGGUUUCACUGUAUGUCUUUAUGCAUUUACUUGUUAAUUCCUAAUGCUGUAUGAACCUGUUUUAUGUAUAUAUGCCUUGUCAUAAUCUCUGUACGAUUGGUGAAUUUCUCUAUCCAUAGAGUGUGUAGAAACCACUAUUCCAGACAUGUACAGGAAGUGUUUUAGUAUUAAGAAUACAUUGUAGCUUGUGUUGUGUAGGCCCUAUCAGUAGAGAAUACUAUCUGACCAACCGUUUUUAAUAUUUGCAUUCCAUUUACCUUGUAUUCUUCUGUCUUUCAACUGAUUCCUAUUCAUUAGAAGAGAUUUAAUAUUUUGUGUGACAAUGGACUUUAUCUGUGACAAGCUGUGGAACUCUGUAUUUCAUUUCGAGACAACUGGUUGUCUUUGAGACAAAUAGCAGGUCUUUGAAAACAAGGCUGUCAUCUGUGACCAUGUGUGACAUAGUAUUGAUGUUUGUGUGACAGCAAGAUUGACCAUGGAAUAUUCAGUGCUGUCACCAUCCAUGAGAACUGAUGUGAGUGGAGUGUCAUCGCUAGCAUAUGUGACUGGUUGAUUGUCUGUGACUGAAGACAGCAGUGAUAUAUAUAGGCCUUCAUGGAAGGAAAACACUUUCAAUAUCCCUGAUAAUAAUAAUAUUACCUGUGACAAGCAGUUGGUUGUUUAUGUAUGUGAUUGCAGUUUUAAUCUGUGACUGUUUUGUGUACAGUACAUAGCCAUGUAGAGGAGGCAGUGUAUAUAUGUGUGGACACUACAGAUGGUAUGUAUAUUGUGUGAGCAAUUGUAUAGAAUAUAGCAUGUAUUGGAUCUAAUACGGUAUUCUGAAAUUUUAACAUGUUGAGAUUAGUUACGCAUUGACAUGUUUGAAAAAAACUUUUAAAAAACCAUUUAUACAAUACUCAACCAAUCCCGAUCUUUGGAUGUCAGAAAUUGUUUAAUAGCACCAUUGUCCAGCUCUUCAUCAUUGAUUUAAAAGGAUGGCUGUGAAACGGUAAUUUUUGAGUGAAUCUUAAGGAAAAUAAUUCAAAUGUUGACAUAAGACUAUACCUUUGAUCUAGGGAUGACAUGGUGUCCGUGUCCGUGACUGAUACGUAGAAUGUAGACUGAAGGUUCUCCAGGAUCUAUCAUCUUCUUCGUCCUGUACAGGAUGCAGCAACUGCACUGUCACUCUCCACAAACAAACGCUGUCCAAUCUGUUGUGUCCUUGUGGAAACUAGUGGCCAGGUCGACCAAUGGUACUGUCUUCAUACACUCCGUCUGUGGAAACUAGUGGCCAGGUCGACCAAUGGUACUGUCUUCAUACACUCCGUCUGUGGAAACUAGUGGCCAGGUUGACCAAUGGUACUGUCUCCAUACACUCCGUCUGUGGAAACUAGUGGCCAGGUCGACCAAUGGUACUGUCUUCAUACACUCCGUCUGUGGAAACUAGUGGCCAGGUUGACCAAUGGUACUGUCUUCAGACACUCCGUCUGUGGAAACUAGUGGCCAGGUCGAGCAAUGGUACUGUCUUCAUACACUCCGUCUGUGGAAACUAGUGGCCAAGUCGACCAAUGGUACUGUCUUCAUACACUCCGUCUGUGGAAACUAGUGGCCAGGUCGACCAAUGGUACUGUCUUCAUACACUCCGUCUGUGGAAACUAGUGGCCAGGUUGACCAAUGGUACUGUCUUCAUACACUCAGUCUGUCACCUAGAUCACUUGUCCAAAGUCUGAAUUUUCGAGAAAAAAACAUUUUCGGACAAGUAAGCUCAGCUAAUGUAUUGCUGAAAUCUACUGAAAAUGACACUUUGGUUUAAUGGAUUCAAAAGCUUUUGGCACAGACUCUACUUGUGUAAGGUUAUUCUAUUGCUGAAUAUGUUGCUGCACAUUUCAAAAUAUGCCUGGACUGGCAUCUAUGGGCGAGACACACAUGCAACAGAAAAACAGUGGUACAGAGCCAUCAUCUUGUACCUUGGUUAAAGCCACACAGGGCACCCAGACAUGUUUUAGCCCCAACAGUCUCUCUAGCCAUUGACACGGAGUUAGCAAGCUGGCUUCUUUCAUUGAGUAGUUUCAGAGAACAAAGAUGUCAAAUUUCUUUUAUAUUGAAUUCACAUCACUACAAAAAGAAAGAGACUACGAUGAUACUUUGACUGAUCAGUGUUAACGUACUAAGUGAUGGUGCAGCUUGAUCUGGAUGGUGCUCCUUGGAACACAAGGAAUUGUGGUGUCAUGACAACCAUAAGUUGGUUAACAUUUGGAGCUAUGAUAGUCUCUGACCAUGGCAAGUGGACCUUGCUUGAAAUAAGUGAUGGUGUUUGUCAUGAAUCCUGGAUAUCAAGGUAUCACAGCAGAUGAUGGUUCCUGGAGGACGUGAGGAUGGUAUGUAGACGAACUGCAAUAAUAGAGUACAAAUUGCCUCAUGUCUUGUGAUGACUUGUACAUAACAAAUUUCUAUCUUUUUACUGUAAAUAACCCUAUUUUGGGAAGAUAUAUUUUGUACACAUUCCUCUCAGUACAGUAUCAAAUGGAGAUUAGUUUUUAACCCUAUUUUGUCCACGUAUUGGUCUAUUUUGGAAAUAUUUAAUAUGUUGAUUUUUGGUGUUAUUUCGGUUAUGUUUGGUUCCACAUGAAUGUCCUGGGUUAUGUAUGGUAUGUCUUCUACUACCUUGGUCCUAUUUUGAUGUUUUUGCAACAAAUUAUUGUUAUUCUGUUAAUAUGUUGUUUUCAGUCAAGGGGUUUGUCAAAGGUUCAGUGAAAGUUUCCAUGAUAGGUUAAUUUAGUUUCUGUUUUCACAAUAUUCCCAAGUCCGAUCUGAAUGAACUCCAAACCUACAGCUCUCCUUUCAACUACUUCAAAAUGUCCCGAAACCAUGCAUUGUGAGGUAUUUUUGACAGCAGUGUUUAACAUAGACUUUAUUACAGGAAAUCACUUGUACUUUUUUAAAGCGUGUUUCUAAGCUCAUUUUAUAGACAAUACAAACAUCAAGUCUACAUUGUCACAAUUGCAGAAACUGUUCUGCAAGCCUUUUCAGUGUCAAUAAAUUAAAUGUGAACUGUAACUAAGCUUUCAAACUUGAAACGAAAGGAACCCAUCUCAUCAACCCGAGACAACCCUUAUACCACAUUUGGUUCCACUGCACAAUUGCUGCUUCUUCUGAGUAGCCAAUGGAUUUACUGAGUAUGUGUGUGUUGGAAGCUGUACACGUCUGAAAUACUCAACAGCAUUGUGUCAGUUUGAGUUCAAUGAAACCCUUUAUAUCAGUGUGUGGUGACAUUCCUUGAUGAAUAAGUCAGUAAUAUGGUGCUUCAUGUCCAUCAACCCAUAUAUUUUGAAGAAUCUGAUAUAUGUAAAUGUUUUAGAAAUCCGCUGAUGACCUUGGAGAAAUAUGUCCUUGAUGCAUUGAUGCUUUAAAUGACAUUUGAAAUUCUUUUUCGUUCUCUGACAGUGUUUUUAGUACAAAUGUAUUUGUAUUCUGUGUGGGUAGCUGAACAAAUACCUUAUCUUGUGCUACAGGAUAUAAACAAAAGCUGCAGUCCUGAAUGCUAUGCUUCUUGCAAGGAUUAUGAAGGUAUAUUUACCGUCUUUACUAGGGACGUGGUGGGCUUGGAUAUGGCCAAUAUGUGCCAAGGUAACAGAGCAACUAAGCCAGGCAACAAUUACUUAUUAAUAAGCUACCGGUAAUGAACACAAGUAUUUGUUUGUGAAUUGUUGGUUUCUCAUGUUCAUUGAUUUUGCAGUUACACAGUAUAAACACACAGAACACAAUACAUACUUUUAACCACACUGUAUAUCAACAGCAAACAUUUCAUUGUGUUUGGAUUAGAUAUUAUUAUUUUUAAUUGUUCAUUAGAUGAAGGAGGGGUAUAGGUUCCUUAGCUCCUGUCCCUAGUACCCCCAUCUACCCCAUGAAAUACCCAUGUAACCGUUCCCAGACCCAGUCCAUACAUCAAUGGUUGGGUGGCACAGUGGUUAAAGUGUUAACUUGCAACACCUAGAUUCCGUCAUAUAUUUUUUACAUGUCAAUGUUUCAAAUAUAGAAUAAGCUACUAAGUACUCAAAAUUAAGGAUUACCUUUCCCUCGUGAAAGAAUAUUGUACGUUUAUUACCAAAGCCUCAUGGCUUGCACAGGUCAUUGAGAUAAUCCGUUAUUCCUCGUAACUUGUUGGUUAGUUACUGACUCACCUUAGUCACAGUCCCUAGAUUGUGCAGGGCAUCAGUUCCCACAGAAGCCAGUUACUGCAAGCUAGUUCAAUAUUAACUCAACUUAUGACACACUCCUAUGGCCAAUGUAUUGGCGAAAUCAUGAGCAUCUGUUGAUUCUACUCUGGCAUCAACAGAUCUGAGUGACUUCUCCGAUUUAAGCCAUGUUAGGGUUGAUACAUAACUUCUCUAUGUUUUUGCAUAAUGACCUAUAGUUGCAUCAGUUUUACAUGCUUAAAAUGCACAUCCGAAAUGUCUAGUGAAUUCCUGGCUCUGUAUCAAACACAAAGCCAAUAAUGAUACAUCACCAUGAAGGUUUAAGAAUGGUGAACUAAUGAGGUUUUAAAGGUUUUUAAUCAUAACAGGAAAAUGAAAAACGUUUUUGUCAAGUGGCUGUAAAAAUGUCUUGGCUAAAGUUCUUCUGUGUGAUUGAAGUUCGCAAGAAAAUUUCUGUGUUUGCUUCUUUGUAAGUGAUGCCUUCUUGUUGCUGACAGUAGUUUGAAUAAGUUUACAGCUUCUUAUUAACUGCAUAAUAUAUUUACUGUAGUCUGAAUUUUUCAUAAUGGUUUGUGAUGCUGGAGGCAGAUUUAGAAGGGACAUUCUUAAGAAAUUUCACCAUUUCUUGAGAUUGAAGUGCAUUUUAUGUCAUGACGAUAUGUCCAUGUUAUGAAAAAUAACAAAUUGAAACAUGAUUAAGAUUCUGCAAAUAUGAUACUAUUACAUGAGUUGGGCAUCUCAGAUAAUGAAAACCCAUCCAUAAUAAUACUGACCUAAGAUGUGCUCAACAUUGUGUAGUUCUUCCACACAUAAUGCUUGUUACUACAAGGUAUUACUGAUGCCAUAAUGCAACAUUCAAACAUGGAGGCAUGCAUCAUCCAUAUAUUUUGUAGAACUAUAAAGAGGAUUAGACAACUGUCAGUGUUGUUACUACCUAUUCCUAUACCAAGUUUCAUGAGAUUAACGGUGGGUGUAACACAAGAACUGGUGGAAGAUUUGUAUUGUCUGACCUCCACAAUAACAACAUAUCGGUAGUGAUCACUACACAAUGAACUUCAUUUGUUGACAUGAAUAUGUAAAGACCUUACAUUGUAAAGACCUUACACUACGUCAGAGCUAGUAUAGUAGUCCAUGGCUGCCUCAAGUUUUAAGUUGACUUAAAUAGUCCAGUACAUAUCAUUUUUUUAUUUUAUAUUUAAUCUUCAAAUCAAAAUGAAUUGUUAAAUGUCUCCAUCCCUUUACCAAUAGUAGAUCCGCUUGUUGUGUUCAUAAGAUGAAGUUGCCAAGAGCUGUAAGUAGCCUGUUUAUUCUGUGAUGGGGGGUCGAUUCGCUGUGCAGAGUUGCGUCCCUGGAAUCCUAUGAUUGUGGGUUCGAAUCCCGGUUUGCCCCGAUUAUGUUUCUAGGUUUGUCAGCACAAUACCCAUGCUCAUGGGUUUCACCGAAGUGG